AUGUCAGGGUUCCAGACACAUAGGCACUUACUGUCACAGACAAUGCCUGGGAGUAACUCUGAUAAAUCAACUCUCACCGCUUCUAGCCAAGGGUCUUCAAAAACAACUGAGAAGCGCCAGGCAGAUGAGAGUGAGGUAUUUACCAGAAUGUCCUACUUGGCAAUUGAAACCAACACCAAUGCUUCAUCAUCCAGCGGAUCUCUGCCAACCCAAAAGAGUGUGCUAAGAACAGUAUUUAACAUCCCGUGCCUUCUGAUAAUGGCCUUUGCUUCCCUCCCAAGAGCCGUCAUAAAGGCUUGUAUCUCCAUAAAAGACCUAAUCACCUUGCAGAACAGCAAGAGAUUCUUCAAGGUCCUGUUAUUGCUGGUUCCAAUAAUUUAUGCAGGUAUUUACUGUGUUGGCUCACUAUCGUCCAGGAGAUUAGCAGAGGGGCUAGCAUCACAGGAAAUGACAGAGCUACAUGAAACAGAGCUGAAGUCACUGUGGCAGUCACACACUUUAUUGGAAGAAAAAAUCCAUGAAAUUGAACACAUUAAAGAGCAGAUGCAGCAUCUGCGUGCAGAGAUCAACGGUGUGAUGGAGGGCAUCCUGCAUUCCGUUCAAGAAAUCCUGGAGGAGAGCGACAUUCCAGGAGAGAACAAAGAUCAAGUACUAGAGAUGAUAAAUGUAGCAUUUAAGAAGGUUUAUGAGGACCAUAUCCAGAUGCCUGACUGGGCUCAGAAAUCCAUAGGUGCCACCAUUGAUACAGGCAGAACAUCUAAGAGUUAUGAACUUGGGAGAACAGAGGGGUGUUGUUUUAGUUCAUGGUUCUUUUCUUCUGCAAAUCCUCCAGAUACUAUUUUACAGCCAGAUGUUCACCCUGGAAACUGCUGGGCUUUUCAAGGAUCUCAGGGUCAGGUAGUAAUUAAGUUACCUGAAAAAGUUUAUCCAACCGCUGUUACACUUCAGCACAUCUCUAAGGCAAUCUCUCCCUCUGGAGAUGUAACUAGCGCCCCAAAGGAUUUUGCUGUAUGUGGACUGGAUGAGGAAACAGGGAAAGAAACUCUGCUGGGAACAUUUAUGUAUGACUCAGGAAAAGAGACCAUUCAAACUUUCCAACUGAAGAGUGAACUUUCCAAAUUUUUUGUUUACAUAAAAUUCAGUGUGCUGAGUAACUGGGGCAACCCAGAGUACACUUGUGUUUAUCGAGUCAGGGUACACGGGAAGAUGACAGACAAGAGCUGA